CUUUUCCAAGCACCUGCGAUAACAUUUGUGUGUGACGCUUCAGGCGCUUGUACGCGGGAGGAAAAUGGCAGCUACGACUAUUUCUGUUGAACAAGACCAGUUUUGUUGCUCUGUGUGUCUUGAAGUUUUGAAGGACCCCGUGACAAUCCCGUGCGGACACAGCUAUUGUUUGGACUGUAUUGAAGACUACUGGAACAGACCGAAGCAGAAAGGACAGUACAGUUGUCCACAGUGUAGGCAAGUCUUCAACCCAAAACCGCUGCUCUGCCGAAACACCGUGCUCGCUGACGUUGUAGAGAAGUUACAGCGAACAACAUCACGGCCUCCUACUCCAAACCAGACCAAACCAGGAGACAUCAAAUGCAGCGUUUGUACGGGAAAGAAAGGCAAAGCGGUGAAAGCGUGCCUGACGUGCGCGGGAGCGUACUGCACUGCGCACCUGAAAGCCCACGAAGAGCGCUUCCACCGGGGACACAAACUGAUCCCGGCCACGGAGGAGUUUAAGGAAAGGCUGUGCCCGCUUCAUAAUGACAAACUGCUGAAGCUGUUCUGUCGCAAUGAGCAGCAGCCCGUGUGCGUCCUCUGCGUAAAGGACAGGCACAAGGGCCACGAGAAUGUGCCGCUGGAGGAGGAGAGGGCUGCGCAACAGAGAAAACUGCAGGAGAGCUCUUUGAAGUCUGUGCAGAAAAUGAAGGAGGCGGAGAAGGAGCUGCGAUUCGCCAUCAGAUACAUCAAGCACUCCACAGAGGCAGUGGUGGAGGAGAGUGAGCGUGUGUUCUCCAGACUGUUGCGCGCUAUAGAGAAGCAGAGCGUGGAGCUGCAGGAGCUCCUCAGGGCCCAGGAGCGGGCGGCCGUGGGACAGGCGGAGGAGCAGCUCGAGAGGGUCCAGAGAGAGCUGGGUGAACUGAGGAGGGGAGGGGCUGAGCUGGAGAAACUGUCCCACACAGAGGAUCAUGUGCACUUUAUACAGAAGUCCAAGUCUUUUCAUUUCCCUGUGAAGAGCGUGGAGCUGCCCAGUACAGACGCACUCACUUAUCUGAUGUACAAAAACAUGAGAGCAGCGCUGGCCGACCUCAAGGACAGUCUUGACCAAGCACUGGAACGAGAAUUCAGCAGGAUCUCCGAAAAAGUCAUUUCACUGAAGGAAGCAAGUAACCAGACAAUUCAUGAUAAAGCUCAAGCAUCAAAAGUAAAAGAGCUCGACUUGACGAAAUCUGAGCCAAAGAUGAGAUUGGAUUUUCUACAGUACCACCACGACUUAACCCUGGAUCCCAACACGGUUAACCCUUUCCUGGUGUUCUUGGAGGGGGGCCGCGGGGUCACCACCCUGUCUGAGGCCCAGUCGUACCCUGAGCACCCUGACCGCUUCACCUCAUGGGCGCAGGUCUUGUGCAGAGCGGGGAUGGCCGGACGCUGCUACUGGGAGGUGGAGUGGAGCGGGAAAGGGGGGGUCUCCGUCGGGGUGUGCUACAAAAGCAUGAGCCGCAGUGGAGGGGGCAGUGAAUGCAAACUUGGACAUAACGCAAAAUCCUGGAGCCUGGACUGUUCCUAUUCCACGUGUUCAUUUCAGCACAAUAAGGAAAGUUUGACAAUCAAUGCCCCAUGUUUUAGCAGGAUAGGAGUGUAUUUGGACUACAGAGCUGGGGUACUGGCUUUCUAUGGAGUUUCAGAUACAAUGGUUCUUUUGCAUAAAGCUAAAGCAGCGUUUGCCCAGCCACUCCAUCCAGGAUUUUGGGUAGGACUUGGAUCAACUUUGAAACUGUGCUCAACAUAAAUGUAACAUACAACAAUGGGAUUUGAGCUGUAAGAUGAUAAAUUCAUGGGGUGAAAAGCUGUUCAAAGCCUACGUCACCAACAGCCCGUGGUUUGUUUAAAAAGAUGAAACCAGUGACUUGUCUUAAAUUAAUACAUAUAAUAAAGAGUAUGAGAUUUUCUGCAUGUGUGUCGAGAACUAUGAAAUUACUCCAAAUUACCAAAGCUCACCGACUACUUCUGAAAAAAACAUGGAAGUUAAAUCAACUUUACUGUACCCACUUUUCUACAUUGAAUCAAAUCACAAACUGAUGUGAAUUGUCUAACAGUGCACCAUCUAUGUCAAAAGGUUGAUUAUAUAGAAACACAGGAGAAGUAAUUGUGUUCAUUGCAUAGUAUUUUAUUAAACCGUGCAAACUGAACAGUGGAUGGACUUUAGAUCUUGUUGAAGGCAGCGACAUCUACACUCUGGACCUGCACACAAGAACCACAAGUUAAUAAUUGUGCCAAUAUAUAUUGUAAUUAAAGUACUUUUCAUUCUUAAA